AUGAAGUUCCAGAUCACAUCCUUCCGCGCAGCGGCACUUGUCGCCCUCAUUGCGGGCGCCGAAGCCGCCAAACAUGGCCAUGGUCACAGCCAUAACCACGAGGCUCGUGAUGUGGCUCUGGAGAAGAAGAGUGGUCAGUGCAAGUUCCCCACCGACGCUGGCCUAGUUGCGAUCACCCCGCAUAAGGAAAACGCCGGUUGGGCCAUGAGCCCCGACGAGCCCUGCAAACCUGGCAACUACUGCCCUUACGCUUGCCCUCCCGGUGAGGUGUCUAUGCAGUGGGAUCCCAAGGCGACCUCCUAUUCUUACCCUAUGUCCAUGAGGGGUGGUCUGUACUGUGACGAGAGCGGCGAAAUCCAGAAGCCCUUCCCCAACCGUGACUACUGUGAGUCGGCCGCUGGUGUUCUCAAGGCCCGCAACAAGUGUGGAAAGGCUGUCUCUUUCUGCCAGACUGUGCUGCCCGGAAAUGAGGCCAUGCUUAUCCCCACCAUGGUUGAGGACCUGGCCGAUCUGGCCGUCCCCGGCAUGUCUUAUUGGUGCUCCACUGCUGCACAGUAUUACAUUAACCCUCCUGGUGUCACUGCGGAGGAGGGAUGUAUCUGGGGUACCUCCGAGAACCCCGUCGGUAACUGGUCGCCGUACACCGCUGGUGCCAACACCGAUGACGAUGGCAAUACAUUCCUGAAGAUCGGCUGGAACCCUAUCUACCUGGAACCCUCUACACCCUUCCGCAACGUCAAGCCUGACUUCGGUGUUGAGAUUGAAUGUGAGGGUGAUGGCUGCCAAGGUCUGCCCUGCAAGAUUGAUCCUGCUGUCAACGAUGUCAACGAGAUGAUCGGCAAGCCCUUCGUUGGCGCUGGCGGAGCCACCGGCUGUGUUGUGACCAUCCCCAAGGGUCAGACCGCGCAUAUUAUCGUCUUCGACAAGGAGGGCAGCGGCAGCACCUCGUCCGAGACCGUCGAGGUUCCCACCAGCUCUCGUACUACCACUAAAAGCUCCACUACCAGCAGCUCGACGACAACUGCUCCGACAAGCACCAGCACUACCGAGACACCAACCUCUUCCUCCACCUCUGAACCCUCCUCGACUUCGAGCUCAACUCGUACUUCUACCUCCAGCUCUAGCUCCACGACUCACAUGUCGAGCGUCACUAGCCCCGCCCGCCUGCCCAAGUCGAGCCCGGCAGGCUAUACCUACGAACCACACGUGCUGACUGGUUCUGCUGAUAUUCAAUCGGCCUCCACAACGACCGCUGCCGCUGCCGCUGCAUCCACAUCUUCCACUGGCGGUGCUACCAGCGCCACCAUAUCCAUGUUCACUCUGGCCUUCGGCGCCAUCGCUGCCAUGGUCGCGAGCGUCUAA